AGCUGCACACACGGCAGUGCGGAGGCAGAGAAGGGGUUGGUGAUACGGUGCUAUAAAUCUGUGGUCCAGUCCACCUCCCUUUUAAGACGUCCUCCCCCCUUAUUUCUGUUCUCAGUUAGAGAUGCAGCAGCUUACUCCUGUAGCGACCUACUAAAAAGCAACAAGGAGAAAGACAUCGUCUUUUUGAAAAAACGUUCUUUCGUCUCUUUUCUUUGUUCCUUCGUUUGUUUUUCUUGCCUCUUUUUGUUUAGUUGAACGGCAAUAGGAUAGUCUCUUCGUCUUUUUAAACUCUCUUUUUUUAAGUUUCCCCUCCCCUUUCAUAUUUUUUUUUUUUCGCCAUUUCUUUUAGCGUUGGACUUUGGGGUCGAAAGCAUUUCUUUUUAUUUGCUUCUUUUAAGCCGAGCACAGUUUAGGUUUCGUGCUGUCUUAAGAGAACUAUCCAGCAGCUUCUUGCUCAUCCUUAUUGGGAGAACUGCACCGUUACUUUAAAAACACACAUACACAAAAACCUUAAGGGAGAAAGACGGCAACUCCAAACUAACAUGGCAGUCAGACUGUGUGAUGUGGCUUCUCUGCUUAGAAGUGGUUCGUGGGCAGCAGAGCCUUGGACUGGGCAGGUAAUUGCUGCCAUGGAAACACAACUGUCUAAUGGGCCAACUUGCAAUAACACAGCCAAUGGUCCAACCACCAUAAACAACAACUGCUCGUCACCAGUUGACUCUGGGAACACAGAGGACAGCAAGACCAACUUAAUAGUCAACUACCUUCCUCAGAACAUGACACAGGAGGAACUAAAGAGUCUUUUUGGGAGCAUUGGUGAGAUAGAGUCCUGUAAGCUUGUAAGAGACAAAAUAACAGGGCAGAGCUUGGGAUAUGGCUUUGUGAACUACAUUGACCCUAAGGAUGCAGAGAAAGCUAUCAACACCCUGAAUGGAUUGAGACUUCAAACCAAAACAAUAAAAGUUUCCUAUGCUCGCCCAAGUUCGGCUUCUAUCAGAGAUGCGAAUUUGUAUGUCAGCGGACUUCCGAAAACAAUGACCCAGAAGGAGUUGGAGCAGCUUUUUUCACAAUAUGGACGCAUCAUUACUUCUCGUAUUCUUGUUGACCAGGUCACUGGCAUAUCAAGGGGUGUAGGGUUUAUUCGAUUUGACAAGCGGAUUGAGGCAGAAGAAGCUAUCAAAGGCCUAAAUGGCCAGAAACCUCCUGGUGCCACAGAGCCAAUCACUGUAAAGUUUGCUAAUAAUCCAAGCCAAAAAACCAAUCAGGCCAUCCUUUCCCAGCUGUACCAGUCUCCAAACAGAAGGUAUCCAGGACCACUAGCUCAGCAGGCACAGCGUUUUAGGUUGGACAAUCUGCUCAAUAUGGCUUAUGGAGUAAAGAGUAGGUUUUCUCCAAUGACCAUUGAUGGAAUGACCAGUUUGGCUGGAAUUAAUAUCCCUGGGCACCCAGGAACAGGGUGGUGUAUUUUUGUGUACAACCUGGCUCCUGACGCAGAUGAGAGUAUCCUGUGGCAAAUGUUUGGGCCUUUUGGAGCUGUCACCAACGUGAAGGUCAUCCGUGACUUUAACACCAAUAAAUGCAAAGGUUUUGGAUUUGUGACUAUGACAAACUAUGAUGAGGCUGCCAUGGCGAUAGCUAGCCUCAAUGGAUACCGUCUGGGAGACAGAGUACUGCAGGUCUCCUUUAAGACAAACAAAACGCACAAAGCCUAAUGAGCUCUUGUCCUCAGUCCAUUUAUAUAUGAAAACUAUACAACAAAGGCAAGUUAAGAGAAACUUUAUACAUUAGUAAAUGUCUUUGUAAGUCAGUGUUGAGAUGGGGAUAAAACGACUACUUAGCAUCCUAAGAAAUAUGUGAGAUUUUUUAUUGCUAGUAUUUGAAUUAAAACUUCUUAAAUAUCUUUUAUGUUUGAAUAUGGACAAGAGGUACAGGGUUUUUACCUGUCACAUUGCAUUCUAUUGCCUUCUUUGAAGAAGGUGGACCUUUUAAAGUGUUUCAGCUAAGGGAAGACAUUUCUUUUCUUUUUACAUAACUGCCUUGAACCUGUGAGUAAAUAUUGAGGCUUUGUGUUGUAAUUCUUCAGUUGGUUGUGUCUUUUUUUUCCCCCUUUUCUUUCUUUUUCCAAUUAGCUUUGUGUUUGGUUUACAUUUAAAGCAUUGCUGUUAUGUCUAAGAAAAGUAUUUUGAAGUUUACAUUUUUAUUUAUGAAGUUAAAAACAGUAUUUAUUUUGUAAUUAUGAUUUGGGUUGGGGAAGGGGGGGGCUACAUUAUAAACGCUUAUUGUAAGAAUACUGGAGAACUUUUCGUAAAGCAGUACCUUGCCAAAGAGAUAAGAGCCUCUUUGAUGUGGGUUUAAAAAAAGCAUCUAUUUUUAUAAAAAAGAAAAUUUGGAGAAACUUUUUACUGGUCCUGGAACAAAUAUUUUGACUUGAAUACUUUGAGAAAUCUCUUCAUAUGACACCUAGUGAGCUUUUAAAAUUUACCAGGAAAUUUGCAGCGGUUGGAAAAUUUAGAAAGAUUUAUGAUGUAGAAAAUACUACUUUUGAGAUCUUUGUAUGAAAGGAGUAGAAUCAAUGGGGGAAACACUGCUGGUUUCGUUUUUGUAAUCACCAGUGGAGCGUCUGAUCAUCCUGGUUAUUAUGUGAUAGGUGGCUCACAUUGAUUUGUGAUUUUGAAACAAAUAAAAAAAAAUUUACAAAAGAAUAUAUAAGAGCAGGCAAGAAAUUUAAAUUACCAAGAGUUGGGGGAAAAAAAAAUCUGUUCUUCCUAAAGAAAUCCCUUCAGAUAGAGCUCAUGGUGUUUAGUGAUGUACUUGCAGUAUUGUUUGAAGAAUUGUUUUGUCUUAAGGAAAAAAGAUGUUGCACAUGAUUUGUACUGCAGCAAAUCGGCAAAAGUGAUCUGAGUUGGAUAUAUUUGAAGGUAUUUUGAAAGUUACGUUCAAGGCUAACACCUGAGCUUUGUGUAAUGUAAAUAAGACCUUGUGUUUAUGAACCUUUCAGCUAAUUUGAUUUUUUUUUUCCCUUACAUGCCAAGUGAUGUUCAGGUUUUGAAUGUUUUUGUAUCAGUUUUUUCCUUUGUAAAUGGCAUUAACAUUGUUACUUGAGGUCUUGCUUAAUCACUUUUGUUGUCCUGAGGACUUGAAUUUACAGUGCAUCAGAUUUGUUGCUAAUUUUGUCUGUAGAUAGUCUAGCUUCAGCUGUUUAUGGUGAUGCUACAUUUUCGUUUAUAAAUAUGUUUGUGGUAAAAAAAAAAUGAGUAUAACCAUAGGUUUUGAACAAAUUUCCUUACAUUUUUCAUACAAAAAUCAUAAAUAUCUGUAUGCUACUGAAAUUUAACUUUGUAUGAUGCUUAAACCACUAUUUGGGGAAAUAAUAAAAUAAGUCUUUACCAUGUAUGAAAGAAAUUUUAAAAAAUACAAAAUAUUUUCUGAUUAGCAUCUAGCUUAUAAUAAAUUUUCAAAAAAGCUGAAGGCAAAAAUGCCUUCAUCAGGAUGCACUGAGAACUAUAUAGUUACGUCCUGCUUUUUGUAUAAACUGAGAUGCUCACAUGCUUCCCCUUAGAACAGGCAAUGUGCUAUGCAUAACAUAGUUGUACAUUAUCUUUGCGGUUGCGUUGAGUUUUAUUUUUUAUUAUUUAAAAUUGUAGUUAUAAAAUUUUUCAGUAUAGUACAGUACAUAUACUGUGAGGCGCGUGCUAAAGUGAAUAAGCGAGUUUUCAUGCUGACCCACUCAAUGCUAUUCAGAAAUCAAUUGGCUUAGCACUUUCUCAUAUCCUUAGGUGCAUUUAGAUUGUCAGAGUUAACCUUCUGCGUU